AUGUCUACUCCUGGAAACACUUCUGCUUCGUCCUCCUCCAACCAAAACUUCUCUUUGCUCAAUAUCUGCUCCAAAGUCGUUAUGGAUGGCUCAAACUAUAACGAUUGGAUGCGCAACAUCAAGAUGGCUCUUCGUUUCGAGAACAAAGAAUAUGUUCUUGAAAAGGAGCUCAAAGAGCUUGAUGAGAAUGAAGCUACUCCUGAAGAUCUUGCUGCCUACAAGAAACAUUACGAUGAUGCUACCAAAGUGGCAUGCAUCAUGGUGGCAACUAUGUCCCCAGAACUGCAGAGGUACUAUGAGGACUACUGGCCUUUCGAGAUGAACAAGGACCUUAUGGAAAAGUACCAUAAGCGAGCUCGUCAAGAAAAGUUCGAAGUAGUCAAGUCACUCAUGGCUUGCAAGAUGAAAGAUGGGGAGUCGGUUGUGUCACAUGUGCAAAGAAUGCAACGCUACAUAGAGCGUUUGGUCAAGCUCAAUAUUCACUUUGAUGAGGAAUUGGCCAUUGACAUGGUCUUGAACUCACUUCCUGAAUGUUAUGGUCAGUUUAUUCUAACUUACCAUUUGAACAAUACUGAGCAGACCUUGGCCCAAUUGCACAACUUGUUGCAGACAGCUGAGGCAGGGAUGAAGGGUAAAAGUAUACCCUCCACACCUACGAGUGCCCCUGUUUUGGCUAUUGGACAGGGAAAGGGGAAAAAGAGGAAAGGUCCUCCCAAGCAAAACUGGAAGAGCAAGGCUCAAGCUGGGUCAUCUAGUAAUGGCCCAAAGGCUAAGCCCAAUGGUUCCACUCCCCAUGUUUCUGAUCCAAAAGAGGCAGUUUGCUUUUACUGCAACCAAAAAGGGGCAUUGGAAGAGAUCUUGCCCACAAUAUCUGCAAGAUAUCAAGGAUGGCAAAGUGAAGCCAUCUUCGGCAGAAAGAUAAAGAUACUUAGAUCCGAUAGAGGCGGGGAGUAUCUUAGUAUCGAGUUUAACGACUAUCUGAAAGAAUGUGGGAUAGUCUCACAAUUGACUCCUCCUAGGACACCACAGUUAAAUGGUGUAGCUGAGAGGCGUAAUCGAACCUUGUUAGACAUGGUUCGUUCUAUGAUGAGUCGGGCUUCGCUUCCAUUCACUUCUGGGGGGAAAGUUCCCUCGUUAGCACAUAUUAAAGUCUGGGGUUGUGAAGCUUUCGUAAGACGAGAGACUCACGACAAGCUAGCAGCUAGAACACGAAGAGGAGUCUUUCUUGAAAGAGAGCUCAUAUUCAAAGAGGACAGUGGGAGCACUAUUGACCUUGAAGAAAUUCAAGAGUCAGCCAAUGAAGGAACCUUAGAUGACACUAGCACUCAACCAGAGGAAACAGUUCCUGUUGAACCAAUUGAUAACUCAUUACCUCUUAGAAGAUCCACUAGGGUGAGUGUGCCACCUGAGUUGUAUGGUUUUCAUAUUACUUCAGAUGGUGACACAUUCAUAAGUGACAGAACACUGGUAAACUUAGAUGAACCAGUCACUUAUAAGGAAGCAAUGGCAGGCCCAGAGGCUUCCAAGUGGAAAGAGGCAAUGGACAGCGAGAUUAAGUCCAUGUAUGACAACCAAGUUUGGAAUUUGGUUGAUAGUGCACCAGGUCGUAAGACAGUUGGGUGCAAAUGGAUCUUCAAGAAGAAGACAGACAUGGAUGGAAAUGUGCACACAUUCAAGGCUCGACUGGUUGCAAAAGGUUUCACUCAAACCCCAGGGGUUGACUAUGAUGAGACCUUCUCGCCAGUGGCUAAGAUUAAAUCUAUUAGGAUAUUGCUCGCCAUAGCUGCCUUUCAUGAUUAUGAAAUCUGGCAGAUGGAUGUCAAAACUGCUUUCCUUAAUGGGAAGUUGGCUGAAGAUGUUUACAUGAGUCAGCCAGAGGGUUUUGUUGAUGCAAAGUUCCCCAAUAGAGUGUGCAAGCUUGAGAAAUCCAUUUAUGGAUUGAAACAAGCAUCUCGCAGUUGGAAUCUUUGCUUCCAUGAGAAAGUCAAAGAGUUGGUUUCUCUAGAAGUGAAGAUGAGUUUUGUGUGUAUAUCAAGGCUAGUGGGAGUAUAG